AUGCCUUCUAUUAUUGGACUAUCGUCAUUAUCAUUAUUGACAUCGCCUUCAAAAGCGGCCCAUGUUUCUGAGUCACAUCCAUUGAUGAUGAUAGAACCGGAGGAGGAAGACGAAGAUGGCAGAAGUCUCUGUUGUUUCUAUGACUACAUGAAUGGAAAGGUUGUAAAUACCAAUACUAAGAUUCCAGAAGAGGUUGAUCGUGCAAUAUGCGUUGGGUCGUCUCAUGGCUGGCUAGCAUAUGUCUCCCGUCUUGACUGCUCAGUUUUCCUUUGGAGUCCCUUCACAACCUCUCCACUCAUCUUGCUUCCUCCCAUUCAUACGUUACCCUUCGUAACAAUUAUUCCUCGUGAAGAGUUAGAUGAUGAUGUAGAAGAGGAUGAUGUUGCAUAUGAUGAUAAUUUUUCCUCAGAUUUUGGGUUCAAAGUUGAAACAGAAGAGCAACAUGGACGCAAAAGUUACUAUACCAUGUCUCCAAAACUUUUGAGUCUACGAAUCAUAGGAAAGAUUGUUUUGUCAUUUGCUCCAACAAGUGAUGAUUGCAUUGUAGUGGCUCUUCCUAGGCAUAAUACUCGUAACAGUAUUGCUUUUUGUAAACCUGGGGACAAGUCAUGGACCUUUGUAGAGCCGCCACUUAAGAAAUCUUUAGACCUUGCAGAUGUCAUACAUUUCAAGAACCAAUUGUUUUACACAGUGUCCAAUUAUGGGGGUACUACUUUAUGCGCUUAUGAUCUUGCUGAUCUUUCUUCUCCAAAGAGUUACAAUCUCGAAACUUCUUUCAACUUUGAAUCAUUAUCGGCACUUGAUGAAGGCAUGAGGAGAUCGUUCUCACAGAGAUAUUAUCUGGUCGAAUCAUUAGGUGAUCUAUUAUGGGUUCGUAGGCUCCUUACGAACAAUAUGAAUGACGAUGGUGAAUUUACAUAUUCAUAUGAUUCUAAUACAUUUCCAGACCAAACAAUAAUGUUUGACGUUUAUAGGCUAGAUUUCUCUCAGAAUACGUGGAAAUGUAUAAAAUGCAUAGGUGACCAAGUUGUGUUUUUAGGUAUUAAUCAAUCUCUCUCUCUCUCAGCUCAGCACUCUACCAGUUUGAAAGCAAAUCGUAUAUACUUCACAGAUGAUUCUUACUGGAUACAUAGGAAAUAUCAUUCUUAUGGGGGUCAAGAUUUUGGUCAUUACGAGCUUGAAGGAUCUACAAUUAGAGGAGGUUUGAAAUGUCGUGACCAGAAGAUUUUACCACCACCUGUAUGGGUUAUGCGCAAUUUUCAUUAG